GGGCGGGGUUGGACAUUCCGGGAGUCGGGGAGCAGUCUCCGGACAGGAUGUGAGAGAGGAACUGGGGUCUCCAGUCACGGGAGCGAGCUGGGGCUGCAAGCGAGAAGGGAUCGUGGCUGCGGUCUCCCUCUCAGGAUGCGGGUCCCCCGGCCUCAGCCCUGGGGGCUCUGUUUCCUGCUCUUCCUUCUGCCCGGGACCCUGCGCGCAGACAGCCACCGCUCCCUGCUGUACCACUUCACCGCCGUGUCCUCCCCGGCCCCGGAGACUCCUGCCUUCUGGGUGUCGGGCUGGCUGGGCCCGCAGCAGUACCUGAGCUACAAUAACCUGCGGCCCGAGGCUGAGCCCUGCGGGGCUUGGAUCUGGGAAAACCAGGUGUCCUGGUAUUGGGAGAAAGAGACGGUAGACCUGAGGAACAAGGAGAAGCUCUUCCUCGAAGCUGUCACAGCUUUGGGGACAAAAAACCCCUACACCUUGCAGGGCCUCCUGGGCUGUGAGCUGGGCCCUGACAAUAUCUCAGUGCCCGUGGCCAAGUUCGCCCUGAAUGGCGAGGACUUCAUGACGUUCGACCCCAAGGCGGGCGCCUGGAACGGAGACUGGCCGGAGGUCGAGCCCAUCACUGCCCAGUGGAUGAAGCACCCGGAGGUUGUGAACAACGAGAAGACGUUCCUGCUGCACUCCUGCCCGCAGCGGCUGCUGGACCACCUGGAGAGGGGCCGCGGGAACCUGGAGUGGAAGGAGCCACCCUCCAUGCGCCUGAAGGCCCGACCAGGCAGCCCCGGCUUCUCUGUGCUCACCUGCAGUGCCUUCUCCUUCUACCCGCCCGAGCUGCAGCUGCGCUUCCUCAGGAACGGGCUGGCCGUUGGCACCGGUGAGAGCGAGCUCGGCCCCAACGGCGACGGCUCCUUCCACGCCUGGUCGUCGCUAACGGUCAAAAGCGGCGACGAGCACCACUACCGCUGCGUGGUACAUCAUGCGGGGCUGCCACAGCCCCUCACUGUGGACCUGGGUCCCUUGGCCAGUACGACUGGGACUGCUCUUGCUAUGGCUGGUUCUUUCAUCCAACCUGGGAACACUCUACCCAGACCAAGAAGAAUCAGCAGGCAAGUCCUCGAUGCCAGUGGUUGGAAUCGUCAUCGGCCUCUUACUGCUCACGGCAGUGGCUGCAGGAGGAGCUCUGCUGUGGAGGAGGAUGAACAAAGGGCUGCCAGUGCCUUGGAUCUCUCUCCGUGGGGACGAUGGCGGGGCCCUCCUGCCCACUCCCGGCCUGCCCAAGGAGGCUGACUCCUAGGAUAUAAAAGCAUUCUCGGCCACGGCCUGAGUGUCCCCAUCCUGGCUGCUACUAGCUAAUGUAGUCAGGUCCCUUUUGUGCUGUGAGACAUCCUGGAAUACUGGUUAUUUCUGAGCCUCCAGAAGAAGUCCUGGGCCCGGUGUCCUCCCUCUGGAUUGUUCCUUCUGUGGUCUGCCUCAGUUUCCCCUCCUAAAAUAUAUGGCUCUUAUCCACCUCCACAUAUAACAAGAAUUUGGGCCAGAA